GAAUUGCAAAUGGUUGACAUGGAGCCUGCGGUAGACAAGCUUGAAGCCUUGGUAAUAUCAGCUUUUUUUCUCUUACUUCUACUCGAUCCCUCUUGAAACACAAAUUUUAUGCUCAUUAUACUGUCAAUUCGCUUUCUGUUCCUCUGUGUUCUGUUAAUACAAACACAAAAAGUUGUUUUUCCUUUAGGCAGUUUUGGCGCCAAAUACAAAAAAAGAUUUAAGUAAACAUGCACUGAUAUGGAUCCUUAUGGUUGCACUGGAGUCUUUCCUCCCGAAAAUUCUUUCCUUGCUGGAAUUUAUGCAAAAGUAACAAUAAUUUGAACAGUUAAUUAAAACAUUUUGCGGUAAUCAAUGCAUUGUAGUAUCCCAAGGACUGUACAAGCUGAAUGUAGCAAAUUUUGCUUUUUCUCUGAAUCUGAAAUGUUCUGUUGUUUAUCCACUGUAAUCUAUGCUUUGUUAUACUCAUUAAUUGUUUCAGUUUCAACACAUACAACACAACCCGAAUUUUGCUUAAACAGUUGUCUUACAUGAUUUGAAAUAUUCUCAUUACUCUGUCAUUAUCAAGCAUCCCUUCUUGCACGUGUUUUUAAUUAUGUUACACAAGAAACUUCUAUCACCUACAUCAUCAACAUGUAUUGGUUGUCUUUCUCCGAAUUACAUAGUUUCAGAAGGCUGAGUCAGACCUGAACUACAUCUCCCUCAGACUGGAGACAGAGUUCUCUCAACAGUUUUCAGAAAGUUGUCAAGAUGAAGUAUGUUGAUGCUAUAACCUGUAAUCAAUUACAUUUAGAGAGCUCAAACUAAUUUUCAGAUGGUGGCCCGGACAUGAUGACUGGCCAGACAAAUUUUUGCUCAGUCAAGAUUCAUUUUCUGACCGGUCAAAAAAUUGGAACAAAAGUGAACUAAUCCUUUUGUAAUAUGCUCUUAAUGAAUGUGAUUGCAUAAUUUUUACAGAGAGACAAAAAUAUCUAAGAUUUACAGGUGAGGAUUUGGGUAUUUGCUAAAGAAUAAGAGUUUGCAUCAUCUGUCCAUGUGACCAGUGAGUGGAGCUUUUGGCCUGUCAAGACCCCACUCUGGCUUGACAUUGUCAAUUGACCGGCCAGUAUUUUAAGCCCUGCAUUUAUGUAGUUGAGGAUGUACAGUGUAUGUAAAUGUAACAUACAUUUUUGCAAAAUAAACUUACAAAAAAAUGUGCAGUCAAACAGAAAGAAACAGCAACAACAACAAUAAAAAAACAAGCACACUAAUAACAAUCAAACAGUACAGGGAAAAUGUCAGUCUGAUAAAAAAGAUCCUGUGCUGUGCGGAUUGUAUGUCUCUCACCUUAUACCUAUUGUAGCAAAUCAUCUGAAUUAUAUACCGCCCAAAGAACUAAGACUGGGCUGCAGUUUUUCAUGCACUGAAAAUUUGGGGUUAAAUUAAAGCCCAAGGACUAGCCUAGUUCUCAGAUAAACUGAGGUACCUGGAUCACACUUCCUUGUGCCUCAGAUCUUCUGAGAAUCAAGCUGUUCUAACCUUAUGAGAUUAAUCCAUUUAAAAGUUAUUGAAACCUCAUCUUAAAGUAUUAUCCCUUUCAAAGAUAUCAUAAUCUAAUUGAUUUGAUGAAUAUGAUGACACAUUUAUAUCAAAAUAUUUUGUAAUCUACUUCAGUCGAUACUUUGGGCAGUAUUGGUUGCAGGAAACAACUGAUUCAUUUCCUUUAAAAGUAUUAAAAUUUAAUGUUUUUAAUUUAUUAUUCAGCUGAAUCCCAUCAAACUGUUGAAGAGGAUAAAUCAAGCCAAACAACGAUUUAAGAGCCUUUCUGAAGAAGCAUCCUGCAUUUGCUCUAAACAGGAGGUACAGUCUUUGAAUACAGGGUGUAUUUGACUGAAAUAAUCCUAAUAGAAUUAGUAUAAGCUCUUUUGAAAAAUAGGGCAAAGGUGGGCGACUUCACUCCAUGUAUGUCAUAUGUCAAUCAAAAGAAAAUCAUGAAAGAAAUAUAACUUCUUUCAUAAGUCUCUUGAUUGUUAGUACAGUGGACGUGUCACCUGGCAAAGUUUAGUAAAACGAGUUGACCACUUCUGUACAUUCAAAGGCAAUAACAGCUGGGUAACAUAUUAAUAAUUUUAUACCCCGGUAUAUAGUACCCUCUGUUAAUAAUAUUUUUAUUUGGGGUAAUUAUUUUGUAGCAAUAAAAUGGUACGUUUCUUUUUUGAAAUAAUUCUAAGUUUGUUAAAGUUUCACAUUUUGUUUAUAAAAAUUGAUUUACAUUUUUAUUUUUAGUGUCAAUGACACCAAAUAGUUACACUCAUCUUGUAAAUUUUGGGUUAAGUGUGUGUUUGUAAUAAUAACAUUAUAUUAUUAUUAUAUUUUGAAUAUUUUAAUAGGAAAUCAAAGAUGUUCUUACGGAUCAAAUGCUGGCUUGCCAGGAUCUUUUACGUCAAUUGCAAAAGUGUGCUGGACUCUCAGUAGGUGUACUUAAUCUAACAUGUCAUCUAUUAUAAAAGAUUUUUUAAAGUUCAUUAAUACAAAAUUAUUUCAUAACAAAGAAACAGACUGUAACACAGUUACUCAAUAUUAUUGUAACUAGUACAGUACUUUAAAUUUCAUUUUCUAGAAAAUGGUAUUUUAACUCUUUGUUACUCUUUUGCCUUAUCAGGUUUUAGAUUCAAACGCUGAUGAGCAGUUUUUGCGAACACUAGAAACACUUUUAAGAAUAGGUAUGUAAAUGCAGAAAUCAAACUGAUAUGUACUAGGUCUUGUAGUCUUUGCCAUUUGUCUUUGAUCAAUUUAAGAUUUCAUCUUGUUUAAAUAGACACAACAAGUUCAGAACAGAGUGUAGAUGAUGAAGACAAAGAGAACAAUACAUCUGUUGAUCAAACUAGAGGAAAACAACCGCAACUAGGUACUGCAGUUUUUAUACAAGACCAUGUACAUGCAAGAGAUACAAAAUAAUGUAAAAUACAAUAAUAUUGAUGCAUCUAUCAGUUUUUAAAAUCUUAACACUUAAAAUAACUUUAUUAAUAUUAAGGAAUCAUGAUGUUUCAGAAACUGUUUCAAGGGGAAGAAAGGAAUUUAUUGCAAUAGAUGAAAAAGAAUUUCUGUCAGUGUCAGACCUUGUGCGAGGCCGAGCGAAACUGGCAGAUGUCAACAAGGUAUAGGUAUCUGGCUGAUGAAAGGUUUCAUAUGCCAGAUUGGAAUAUCUUAUUGGUACUUAAUUUUGUGAUUUUGGCGAGGAAGUAUUUUGUGGGGUUUUAUUUUUGUGUUUAAAGCGUUCUCAACUUCAUUUUAUUUUUUGAAAAGUCUGAGCUUUUAGAUAAACUGGAACAUGAAGAUUAUAGCUAGAUUCUAUACUUCAUGUGAAAUCUUAGUUUAUAAAGUAAUGUUAUUUCACAACAGAAGAUACAGAAUGAAACUUGCCAGGGAAAUCACUAAAUAAUUUGUCAAUUUGUUGAUACAUAAUUAUCAUGGUGUUGUUAUUACAUGUAGAUCAUUUUUUUCUGUGAUUGAAUUUUAUAUGGGUAUUAAAAUUCUUGUUUAAAUUUCAUGGGGAUUCUUAUUUGUCAGUCUUUAAUUUUGCAAUUUUUUUUACGAUCACGAAAAAUGCAAAAUUAAAGACCCACGAAAUUAAGUACCAUUAAGGUACAUGUUUGUAAUUUUAUUGGUUGCAAAAUAAAAUAUUCAUUUGUAAAAUAAUAGUAGAAAAGUAAUGAUAUGGAAUUAAAGUUGAGUUAUACUAUGGUUAUAACUCCAAUAAAUUAGUGAUACUCUGUUUAAAUGUAAGGUUAACUUUGCUUGAAACAGGACACCUUUAAAUUCUCAUUUGAAAUAUCCAUGCUAUAAAUACAUUAAAUCAAGGGUUGAUUAUUCUGCCAUGUACUUAUAGAGAUUUAAAAUUUUACUAUUUUAGGUUUACGAGGUCCUAUUUCAACAUUUCAAGAAAAACAAAAACAGGUACAUGUAUUGCUUGUGUGUGUUUUGGUCAACACAGCACUGUUACUAAUAUGAAUAAUUUUGACGAUGAACAUGUAACAUCAUUACACACACUGAUUUCCAAGCUACAGUACUGAAUAUAGUAUUCUUAUUAUUUAAAAUUAAUAUAUUCAUAUUUCUCACCAAACAAACUGACUGAUAUUUUUCUCCAUUUUUGAAUAAUUAGCUCUAGUCUCACUCCUAAAGAAAUGACAAAAAUGGGGCUCAAGGUAACUGGUGCAACUGGAGAAGCAAAAUUAAAGGUAAAUCUUUUUCUGCAUGGCUGGCUGAAUGAACAGAAAUUAAUGCAAAGUUCCAGAAAAUAAACACCGAUACCUCCCCAUGACCCUCUAACCCUCUAGAUAGAAAUUACCAUCUUUUUGGUCUUUGAGACCCAUUCCUCCUCCUUCCAAUCCCUUCCCUGGGGUGAGUAUUUGGAGAUUUAAUUUACAGCACAUUUUUAUAUCUUUUGCAAACAAAACGAUACAGUGUAUGUCAAAGCUUAUCAUUAUGUGAGAAUCAAUUUGAGAAUGAUACUUUUUUGCCUAUUUUUAUUCAGCUAUGAUACAGAUCGGUAGGAAUUGCAUGCUAUGGGUAGUUAUGUGUAGAUAUGCCAUUUAUACCAAAUAUGACUGUGUGAAUACUGGUUGUAUUCAUGCACACUUGGUUUUGUUAAAAUGGUCAUCUCUUCUUACUCUAAUAUGUAUUUAUUUAAUUAACAAGUGUAUUAUGUGUGACCCAGUAUUUUUCAUGUGGCCCUUCUAAAAUGUGUAAGUUAACAUCAGGCCUCAGUUGUUCAAACGCUGGAUGGUGCUACCCACCAGAUAAAUCACUAUCCAGCAGAUAAGUAUUAAUAGGAAACCAAUAAUAAUUAUUAUUGGUUUCCUAAUUGGUUUCCCAAAUACUUAUACGCUGCCUUAUCCAUUGGAUAGAGAUUUAUCCAUCAGGUAGUGCUAGCCACCUUUUGAACACCUGGGACCAGAAGGUUCUGAGAAACACAGCUUGCAGCUAGAGGUUACCCUGAGAGGAGUGGUUUCUCUUGACUAAGUCUGGCCUGGAGAAAACACUGCUUGCUGUGUAGCUAAAGGUUUGCAAACCAUUUGGCUAGGGUGACCAGGAGUAAAAAUUAUCCAGCUAAAGGUCAGUGCCAGACUACCAUUUUGCAAGUCCACUGACCACUCUGAUCACUUGGCCAUACAGCUGAAUUCUUCCUCAGUGAUCGAGAUAUGAAUUAUUAGAAGGCACAUUAAAAUUAAUCCUUAACCUUUACUAUGGGAAAAUCAGAGUUUCAAAACCAUUAAAGAUAAUUAUUUAACACUGUGGCCAAAAUGGGCUUGGCAUGCAGCAAAAUUCAACUAUUUGUGACAAACUUUUUUACAAUGAGAUCAACAAUAAUGUCGUCAAGAGCCUUUUGGCCUGGAGGUACAUGUAAUGAAAAGAAGUGAUCAUAGCGUUAUUUUUUAUCUCUGCUGGUUUUAUUUUUCAGGUUCUCAGAGCACUGAAAGUCAUCGAGAUAAACAACAAGGGGGCUGUAAAGAUGGCAUGA